AUGAUGCACGCCAAGACCGAUUCCGACGUCACGAGCAUGGACACGUCGUCGUCGCCGAAACGCGCCGUUUACUACGUGCAGAGUCCGUCGCGGGACUCCCACGACGGCGACAACAAGUCCUCGACGACGAUGCCGGCGCCAAACAGCCCCGUGGAGUCGCCGUCGCGCCACUCCUACGGCCACCACUCUAGGGCUUCUUCCUCCAGCAGGGUGUCGGGGUACUACCAGAGCAACAAAGGCACACGCAAGGGCGGCGACGGAGGGUGGCCGGAGGGCAAGGUGAUCGAGGAAGAGGGAGGGUACGAUGAGGAGAGAGAAGGGUUAUCGAGAAGGACUCAGAUCUUCGUUGCUGUUGUUGGGUUUGUUUUGAUUUUUGCUGUGUUUUGUUUGAUCAUUGCUGGGGCUGCUAGGCCUUACAAAGUUCGGAUCACUGUUAAGAGUUUGACAGUACACAACUUCUACUUCGGAGAAGGGGCGGACAUGACAGGAGUUCCAUCCAAGAUGCUGACAGUAAAUUGUUCAGUGAGAAUGACAGUGCAUAACCCCGCAACGUUUUUCGGCAUUCAUGUCAGCUCUAAGGCUGUGGAUCUUAUGUAUUCUGAAAUUGCAGUUGCAACUGGUGAGCUGGAGACGUAUUAUCAACCGAGAAAGAGCCGGCGCACGGUGUCAGUGAACAUGCAAGGAAGCAAGGUUCCUUUGUAUGGUGCUGGUGCCAGUUUAACUGGUUUGGUCGACAAUGGAAAAAUACCAAUGACUCUUGUGUUUGAGGUUAGAUCGCGAGGGAAUGUUGUUGGGAAGUUGGUGAGGUCCAAACAUCGAAGGCAUGUGUCUUGCACAGUGGCUAUUGAUUCCCACAACAACCAACCCAUAAAACUUAAAGAGAAUGCAUGCACAUACAAUUGAGUGGUUUUUGGUCUAGCAGCAAUCAGUUUCUUGUGUGCCAUUUCAAUUCAUUUAGCUGGCUUGAGAUUUCCCGUGAGACAGAUAAAAUAGGGAAAGGAAUAUUUCUAUAGAGUUAAUAUUGUUCAAGUUAUACAAGUACAAUUUUGGGGACAUGAGAAUUGAAAAUUGGUUUAAUGUAAUGGUAUAAUAUGUUUCCCCUUCCUCCUACUUA